AUGGCGCACUCUUACCGGAAAACAGACCUCGAGACCUCACCAGAUAGCAAACGAGAACGCGCGCUGGCUGCCGAAGAGACUCAUAGCGUCGAUCAUGCGGAAUAUGAGGACCCUUUCGGCAACGAAGAGUUUGCUGAGGUGAGAUAUCGGACAUUGUACUGGUGGCAAUGUGGCAUGAUUAUGAUUGCCGAGACGAUCUCUUUGGGAAUUCUGUCGCUACCCUCCGCCAUGGCGACUCUUGGACUGGUCCCAGGUGUAAUCCUGAUCGCGGGACUGGGCCUUUUGGCCACAUAUACCGGAUACACGAUCGGGCAGUUCAAGCUGCGGUAUCCCCAUGUUCAUUCUAUGGCAGAUGCUGGAGAGAUAUUGUUUGCACCAUUGGGCUUGGGGCGGUUCGGACGUGAACUCCUGGGCACGGCUCAACUCCUCUUCCUGGUCUUCAUCAUGGGCAGCCACAUCCUCACUUUCACGGUGAUGAUGAACACCUUGACCGACCAUGGCACUUGCUCUAUCGUUUUCGGUAUCGUUGGCUUGGUUAUAUCUUUUAUCUUCGCAUUGCCACGGACACUGCGAAAGGUUUCGUGGUUUUCGUUCGCCUCUUUCACUAGCAUCUUUUCUGCCCUGAUGAUAACGAUGAUUGCAAUUGCGAUUCAACACCCCGGCGAUGGCAAAGUGAACGCGACCACGAAGAUAAAUGCUGAUACUGGUUUCCUGGCUGUGACAAAUAUUGUGUUUGCCUAUGCGGGUCAUGUCGCUUUCUUCGGCUUUAUUUCGGAGAUGCAGAAACCGACUGAUUAUCCUAAGACCUUAUACAUGCUUCAGGCGACGGACACCAUUUUGUACGUGAUAGCUGGAGUGGUCAUCUACUAUUACGGAGGCAAUGACGUGAAAUCUCCGGCCCUGAGUUCCACUGCUCCCAUCACCGCAAAGGUGGCUUAUGGAAUCGCAAUUCCAACGAUCGUGAUUGCGGGUGUUAUUAAUGGCCAUGUCGCAGCGAAAUACAUCUAUGUGCGGCUCUUCCGUGGUACUGACAGAAUGCACAGUCGGAGUUUGGUGUCGGUUGGAUCCUGGGUUGGAAUCACCCUGGUGCUGUGGGUCAUCGCUUGGAUUAUUGCCGAGGCCAUUCCCGUUUUCAACGACUUGCUCAGCUUGAUUACCGCUCUCUUUGCGAGUUGGUUCACCUAUGGUCUCAGUGGCAUGUUCUGGCUGUUUUUGAACUGGGGGCGGUAUAAGAGUUCCUGGCGAAAAAUGUUCCUUACCAUUGUCAACCUUCUGGUUGUCGGUAUUGGUGGCUGCCUAUGCGGCAUGGGUCUGUGGGUGUCCGGAAAAGCGAUCCAUGACCAGAAAAGUGGAUCUAGUUUCUCUUGCGCGGGAACCAGCUGA